AGCGGCGCUCCACCUGGGUGCCUCCUGCAGUCCCUUACCUGCGAAGGGAGCGCUGAUCAUGGCUCCUUGGCCGGAGUUGGAAAAUGCCCAGCCCAACCCCAAUAAAUUCAUUGAAGGGGCCUCAGGUCAGUCGAGCACGCAAGCCAAAGACAAGGAGACUACCAAAAGUGAUAGCGGGACUUCUGUAGCCAAGAUUGAACUUCUACCAUCCUAUUCUACUGUGGUUCUGAUAGAGGAGCCCUCUGGAGGGAACGAUCCCUGGGACCUGCCUGAACUCCGGGACAAUGGGAUCAAAUGGUCUGAGAGAGACACCAAAGGGAAGAUCCUCUGCAUUUUCCAGGGGAUUGGGAAAUUCAUCCUUCUCCUGUGCUUUCUCUACUUGUUUGUGUGCUCCUUGGAUGUACUCAGCAGUGCCUUCCAGUUGGUUGGAGGAAAAAUGGCCGGGCAGUUCUUCAGCAACAACUCCAUCAUGUCUAAUCCUGUGGCUGGACUGGUGAUAGGGGUGCUGGUGACAGUCAUGGUGCAAAGCUCCAGCACAUCCUCGUCCAUCAUUGUCAGCAUGGUUGCCUCCUCAUUGUUGACCGUGCGGGCCGCCAUCCCCAUCAUCAUGGGCGCUAACAUUGGAACCUCCAUCACCAAUACUAUCGUGGCCCUGAUGCAGGCGGGAGACCGGAACGAGUUCAGAAGGGCAUUUGCGGGGGCCACUGUCCAUGACUUCUUCAACUGGCUCUCUGUGUUGGUGCUGUUGCCUCUGGAGGCUGCCACCCACUACCUGGAGAUCCUGACCAACCUCGUGGUGGAGACCUUCAAGUUCCAGAAUGGAGAAGAUGCCCCAGACAUUCUGAAAGUCAUUACAGACCCCUUCACAAAGCUCAUCAUCCAGCUGGACAAGAAGGUCAUCCAACAAAUCGCAAUGAACGACCCAACAGCCCAUAACAAGAGCCUGGUCAAGAUCUGGUGUAAAACUAUAACCAAUGUGACUCAGGUGAAUGUCACCGUACCCUCGCCUGAUAACUGCACCUCAACUUCACAUUGCUGGACCAAUGGCGUAGAGACCUGGACUAUCCAGAAUGUGACCCAAAAGGAAAACAUCGCUAAAUGCCAGCACAUCUUUGUGAACUUUGACCUCCCAGACCUGGCUGUGGGCAUCAUCCUGCUCACCGUCUCCCUGCUGUUCCUCUGCGGCUGUCUGAUCAUGAUAGUCAAGCUCUUGGGUUCUGUUCUCAAGGGACAAGUUGCUUCUGUCAUCAAGAAGACCCUUAAUACUGAUUUCCCCUUCCCCUUUGCAUGGUUGACCGGUUACCUGGCCAUCCUCGUUGGGGCAGGCAUGACCUUCAUAGUGCAAAGCAGCUCCGUGUUCACCUCUGCCAUGACGCCGCUCAUCGGCAUUGGGGUGAUCUCCAUUGAGAGGGCAUAUCCGCUCACGCUGGGCUCCAACAUCGGCACCACCACCACUGCCAUCCUGGCUGCCUUAGCCAGCCCAGGCAACACUCUGAGGAGUUCCCUCCAGAUUGCCCUGUGCCACUUUUUCUUCAACAUCUCCGGAAUCUUGCUGUGGUACCCAAUCCCAUUCACCAGACUGCCCAUCCGUCUGGCCAAAGGCCUGGGCAACAUCUCCGCCAAGUAUCGCUGGUUUGCGGUCUUCUAUCUCAUCUUUUUCUUCUUCCUGACCCCGCUGACCGUGUUCGGCCUGUCUCUGGCAGGAUGGCCAGUGCUGGUGGGCGUGGGCGUGCCCAUCAUUCUAGUGGUGCUCCUGAUUGUCUGCCUCCGGAUGCUGCAGUCCAGGUGCCCUCAGAUCCUGCCCCUGAAGCUCCGCGACUGGAACUUCCUGCCCUUGUGGAUGCACUCUCUGAAGCCCUGGGACAACGUCAUCUCCCUGGCCACCACCUGCUUCCAGAGACGCUGCUGCUGCUGCUGCCGCGUGUGCUGCCGCGUGUGCUGCCUGGUGUGUGGCUGCAAGUGCUGCCGCUGUAGCAAGUGCUGUAGAGACAUGGAGGAGCGGGGAGGGGAGCAGGAUAUCCCAGUCAAGGCCUCUGGGGCCUUUGACAAUGUAGCUAUGACCAAAGAGUUCCAAGAUGAGGGCAAGGGUCAAGUGGAAGCCCUGGACAUGAAGGCCAUGUCCAACACCACUGUGUUCUAGGGGGCAGGGCUCACAGGAGUCAGGGGAGGUGGGGCUGAGGCCCAUUGGAACCCCCCCCACAUGUCUCCUACCACCUCACUAGGAUUCCUGAUGAACGAACAGAGUUUCAUCCACUCUAGCAGAGUAUCAUACCGUUCUAUAGGUGAAUUGGCCUUACCUUGACCCCUGCUUCCCAAGCGCCUUCCCUCUCAAAAGACAGAGGACACAGAGAUUUAGGCUGUGAACAUGGCCUCACAGGUGACCGCAUCCGGUUCUGGCUAGGCCUUCAAGGACCAUCCUCACCCAAUGGACGAGUGUUAAGGGAGGCAUUAGGGAAGGCUCUGGAAAGGUUCUAUGUAAGAGUAUUUGUAAAUAUAUGUACAAAACAGUCCUUUCUUGGCUGUAUAACCUCAGCCACAUCUCUCUUUUAUCAAAGCCCACUGCUCUCUACCCAGUAGCCCCUCCUAAGCAUCCCUGCCCCAGGGCAGCCAGUUCAGACAAAACGCGGUGAUUGUUUGGAGCCCAUAGUCAGUAGCCUGUCUAGUCUACAUCACAGAACAUGGUCCUCAUCAGGGCUUCAGCUGGAGGGUUAUGUCUGGUCCAAGCAGUGGAUCACAGUGUCCUCUUCUUCAGCCCUCCGGGACUGGGUUACAUCUGGCUUAGGGUUCAUGACAUGUUUGGCUCACCCACUUGUUUAUUUGCCUAGGGACUAAUCUAGAAUGUGGGGCCUUGUGGUUACAGGGUAGGUACUAGCACCCUCUUGGUCAGAGAGCAGUAUUCCUGAUGGGACUCGUGUAAGACCAGUCUCUUAGGCCCUCUCCACUGGUACCAUCUGGAAUCAUCUUCUUGUAGAGGGUGUGUUCAUCCUGUUUUGUGCAAGGAGACUCUCUGGGCUAGGUUUUAGUGGUCUGUUCCAUCCAUCCACUCACCCUCCCGCUCAUGUAUUCAGUGGGAUCCUUCCAAAUACAUUCCAUAGAUGAGCUUUGACCUGCCUCCUUGCAUUCAAAGCUUGCAUACAAAGCUCCAAGGGGAUUCUCAGGAGGAAGGAGGUGGGAAAUGGCUAGAUGUGCUCAGAUUCAAGUUGGGUUUGUGGAUGGCUUGAUGAGAAUCCUAGCCACACUGGAUCUUACCUGUGCCUUUUAGGCCCCUCCCCCUCCCCUUGUAAUCCCCACUACCGCUGUCCCCCCUCAGCUUGAUUCAGGACAGGGAGUGAGGCUCCAUAAGACUUUGCCCUCCAUUUUCUCCUAACACACCCAUCACUGUCUGAACAGGCUGAGAUUCCAAACUGAGCCCCUCUGUAGAUAAAAGUUCCCAGAGAGCCACUUACGUGGCAUAUUUAUAGCUAUAUGUCUGUACAGAAUCCUUCAUAAGUUAUAUAGUAAAUAGUGAUUUGUUUUAUAGUGUCUCAUUUGGAAAUGAGGCAGGGUUCUUUUAUGUACUGUGAAGAACAGAAAGAGCACCUUUGUAUAUUUUGUAAUACUGCCUUUAAACACGACUCUGAGGCCACGCCACCCCUCCCCCUGUAAAUAUGUAAGUUACACCCCAGAGGUGGCUUUGCACUCUUUUUUUUUAAUGGGAUCUUUGUACCUAUGUUAAUUUGUAUUUUUUUUAACCAAUUGAGGGAAGGGAGAAAUAAAAGAAUCAAAUCCCCAAAAAA